CAUAUAUGCGGUCAUCUCUAUCGCAAAACCACCCAUAAACCCCACCGCACAACCGCCGGCGAUGGCAAUUGGCGCCACAACCACCGCCUUCUCAUCAAUCUCCGCCAGUACGACUCUACCGUCACUCGUAUUCUCCUCUAUCUUCCGCCGGAGCUUCUCCGCCCCUAUAAACCUCACGUACCCGUUAGCCACCAAGCGCUCGCCCUUCCGGAGCAUUCGCAAGUACCACGCCGUCAAUGCCGUAAACAAAAACUUAAGCUUCGAAUCUCCUUCAUCUCCAGAUGUUAUCUCGAAAUCUUCAUCACCAAAUUCCAAUAAUUGCUAUCCUCCAUAUGUUCGUCUUCUUCCUUGCCCCUCCCAGAAUGGACCUCCGAGGGUCGAACACUUGGUUGUUUCAGAAGGCGGACCUGCACUUGGGUAUAUAUGUAAAGCUCUUGAUCUCCCACCACUAUAUGUUGCAGAUCUUAUUCGUUUUGGAGCUGUUUUUUAUGCUCUCGUAUGCCCGGACCCACCCGCAACUGCCACACCUGAGCAAAUAAAAACUUUUAAGAAAUACACAGACCCGUUAUUUCUGAGGCAAAGAUCGUCUAUUAAAGGGAAGACCAAACGGGAAGCUCAAAAAACUUUCCGGAUAACUCGCGCGGAUGAGUUUGUCGAAACCGGAACUUACUUACGAGUGCACGUACACCCAAAGCGCUUUCCGAGGUGUUAUGAAAUCGACUGGAAGUCUCGAAUCAUUGCUGUGACCGAAAACUAUGUUGGAGGAACAACUGACAACAUAGAAGAAACUUGUGCAACAUUUGCUACUCGUGCCUUAGGAUUAGAAGUGCCAUUGAGGACUACACAUCAGAUUGAUAAUUGCAGUGAAGGAUGUGUAGUGUUUGCAAGAACGAAGGAGUACUGCUCUGUUUUCCAUGGAAAAAUAAGGGAAAAGAAGGUGAAGAAGCUUUAUCUUGCACUGGUGGCUGCUCCUAUGCCAAUUGGGGUAAUUGCCCACUACAUGCGUCCCGUUAAUAUCGCGCCCCGUCUUAUUUCCGAAGAUUUCAACAAAGGUUGGCAGUUGUGCCAACUUGAGGUCCUAGAAUGCAAAAAAGUGCCGUGGCCGGAUCGUAGUACUGAAGAGAAGAAUGGAGUCGAGGAUUGUGGAUGGCCUUCUAAAGAUUUCGCAUAUGAGUGUAAAAUCAACCUCCUCACGGGCCGAACACAUCAGAUUCGAGCACAACUGGCUGCUUGUGGGGCUCCCUUAGUGGGUGACUCGAUGUAUAUGCCAGCUGCCAUUGCUGAGGCUAACUGCCCGGGAUUGAACCCGUUUGGCAAGCACAACCAAAACAAGUAUAAUGAAGAUGACGAGGCAAAAUCACUAGCUGUCGAAGAAUGGAUUGCCUGUCAUGGCAAGGAGCCGACUGUUGCUAUUGGCCUUCAAGCAUGUUAUAUAUCAUGGGAUGAUAACGGGCCCCACACUUACGAGGCUGGUUCACCAUGGUGGAGAUCUGGCAAAAAAAGGUUGGUGUUUUUUUUGGGACCAAAAGGAAAAGGGGGAGAAAAACCGGAAAAAAAAAGUAUCCUUAGCAUCUGGUCCAUGUUCAUGCUGCCCUAUAGUGUUUUACCAGUUCUACCGGCUUUGUGUUUUGCUGUCGAGAGCCCGGUUUCGAAUACAGACGAAAGUAGGCAAGAAAUUAUUAAUGGUGUUUUAUUUUACCUAAAUCCUGAGGUUUCUACUUUUUCUGGACUCAAAAUCUUUGUACCCGACUGA